UCGUUCGUUCACUGUCACGUGACCGGAAACAAAAAAAGAAGCGGUUGCGUGACAGUACUUUUGAAAUGAAAACAAACCCCGCUGACCUCUUGCCUGUUUUAUUAGCCAUAUAAUUUAAUAUACACGAGACUCGCCACUGCGACAGGCUCGUGAAUGAACAGCGAUGAAGCGGAAAGCCGAAGAGCAAAUUCAUCAAACCUGAGCUGAGCGUUACAGCUGGGAACAUGCUGCCAUGGCCUUUUAAUGUGAGACAAAGAACAACAUCAUGGAUGACUCGGACCAGGAUUUUGUAGAUCUCUGCUCAAAGCUGCUAAAACGAGUCCGCAAGAAACCAGGUGAGUCCAGACAGCCAAGGAAAACAGAGCACCAGCCCUCCAGCCAGGCAAGCGAUGGAGACAACAGGAGGAGAAAUAACAAAAGAGAUGGUGACUCUGGGUCUAAGUGUGCUGGGACCCAGCCUGUUUGUACAGGCGCAGAAGCAGCUGCGGUUUGUGGAGGGACUGGACAGGAUUCAGGAGAUGCUGGGUCUUCAGUUGUGCCUGCAGUAGCAGGGCCGAGAGCUGAAAGAGUUUUGUCGGCGAAAGACAAAGUACUCCACAGAAUGCAACAGUUCAGGAGAGCCAGUCCACAGAGGAUGGUGCACAAGGACAAGAGCCAGCCAACAAACCACAAGAACGACUGCGUUCCUCCUCCACCUCUGGCACAAAGACAAGAUCCUCCAGAAUCCUCCUUCAGCUCUGGCCUCCACCCGGAGCCCCAGGACAGUGAUGAGGCUCUGGCCCUGCGUCUGCAGCAGGAGCUGGACAGGGAGGCAGCAGAAGCCCAGACGGUGGACCUGGAGUAUGGAGGCCUCUUCUUCUGUCAGAUCUGCCACAGAGACUUGUCCCACAUGACCUCUGAGGGGCGAACACAGCACCUCAACAGGUGUUUGGAUGAGAGUGAAGAGAGCGCCCCAGCCCCUCCUCCUCCUCCUCCUCCUCCUCCUCCUCCUCCUGGUGUCCCUGACUGUCCCAUCUGCGGCAAGAAGUUCAAAUCCCAGAAGAGUCGCUCGGCCCACUUGAAGCGCUGCUCCUCGGACAUGGGCGUCUCUCCGGCUGUGCUGCUGCAGGCUGUGCAGAGACAGGCUGAGGAGACCCAGAAUGUCCCUACUGCUAACACGCUCACACAGACAGGAGGCACCAAAAGAAAAGGCCCAUCCAAGCCGGACCUCCCAGCAAAGAAGAAGCCCAGGAAGAAGACUGAACCUGUGGACGAAGACACCAUGGUGGCCCUGGCUCUGUCCUCUUCUCUGCUGGCACAGGAGAGGGAGCAGUACAGAGAGAGGGAGUCAGAGACUCAAUUACAUAAAGAGAGUGCUGCCUCACACAUCUCCAUGACUCCAGCGUUGAAGUGGAGGCCAGACGCAGGUAAGGGGCGUGGGAAGAGGAGAAAGGGCGCCGUCCCUCGUCCUCCUCCGCUCCUCCUCGUUCAGGAUGCUGAGGCGGCUCUGACGAGGCUACAGGAACGCGUUUCGGCUCUCCUCCUACGCAGCCCGCCCCUUCCCCCCACCCCGACCCGCUGCCCCAGCAGUCUGCAUGGCUGGAGAGGUGCUGCCCCCCUCUGGCAGAAGAGCACACUACUGGACGGAGGCUCCUCCUGUAUAUCUGAUUUCUACACUCCAGAGCUCAGAGAGUUCAUCACGCCUUGGGAAUUGGCAACGACUGAUGCCGCCACCUCCUCGUCCAUCAACAAACCUGCAUCUUCUGUCCAACCUGUGAGUGAAGGAACUCCUCUCACAGGAACAAGGGCCUCCAUCCUGCCCUCCUCCUCACCGGCUCCCUCCACCCCGGGGACAGGGCAGCUCCCAGUGGGCACCCAAGCACUCCUAGAACUGAUGGAGCUGGCUGAAGACGGCAUUACCCUCACCCAGUGUGGUUGCACUGCUGCAGACCCUGACAAAGAUAAGAUCGCCAGUCAGAUCACAAACCUUCAUCUGAGCGGCUUCGUAUUGGAGGAGUCAGAGGAGCAGGCUGACCCAUGUGUGAGCGGCUUCCUACCAGAAACAACACACACACGCUCAGAGGACACCCACGGCCAAGUUAGGAGGACGACUGAUCAGCCAGGAGCAGAUAAAGAGCAAGGCAGCCACCGAUCAAUGGCGCUAUCCAGGCUGGUAUCAGACCUGAGCAGCAUGGUGAACAACCCUCAGCUCAGUGAUGUGCAGCUCCAGGUGGACAGUGGAGAGGUCUACUUUGCUCAUUCCUUCAUGGUGUAUGCUCGCUGCCCCCUGCUGGCAGAAAUGGUACAUGAAAGUGGUUUUGGGGCGCAGGAGGAAGGGAUGCCUGCAGCCCAGAGGGUGUUGUUGAGCGACGUCCCGGGACAGGCAGUGUUUGCUUUGCUGCAGUACCUCUACACAGCCCACUGCUCCAUCCCAGCAUCACUGCGGCUUCAUGUACUGGAGCUAGCAUCCAGGUUUGAUUUGCAGGAGCUACAGCAGCUUUGCGAGCUCCACCGAGAGGAUGCAGCGACUCAGGGAGAUGAGGACGACUACAUGAACCAGGAGGAGAACGUCAUCAACCAAACAGACCAGGCCUUCACGGAGCUGCUCCGCUCCAUGUGGAUCGAAGAGGAUGAAGACAUCCAGGGUACAGAUACAGAUGGAGGAAGCGAUGAAGAGAGAGGACUGGAAGAAGAUCGUCAAGCCGAUGACCUCACGUCAGGUGACGGAGAGAUUCCUGAGGAGAAAGUGAACGAGGAAGAGCUGGAGGAGAUCUAUGAGUUUGCCGCCACGCAGAGAAAGAGGGAGGAGGAGAAGGUGACGGUAGACGAGGAAGAAGAUGGAGAAGAAGUGUUCACGAACCGAACAGAACCCAGAAGAAGCUCAACAGGCUUCAGCGUAAAAAACCUGCAGCCAGACUCUCAACUUGAGCCGGACCCCAGCCUGGAUCGCAGCUACAGCCGCCUCUUCUCAGACUCCUGGGGGGUCUACGAGGAAGGAGAUCCCUCUUCCUUACCCUCUACUUCCCGCCCAGCUAAGACACACACCCCUCAAUCCCAACAACACCAGUCCCCUCAUAAACCCUCAAUUGAACUGUCCGGCAGAAUUUUGCUUCAGUCUUCAGAAAGCAUAGUUGGCGACCUUUCCCUCAGCCCUCCACCCAGUACAUCCAACCUGCCUGUCCCAGGUCAGUCCCCUGGUCAAAUGGGUAACUGGGGUGGCAGUGGAGACAAGGAAACACAUGCUGUCAAACUGGACAUGCCUAAAGAAGGUCUACCUUUGAAGCAAGAAAGCCAAAGUCCUCGUAGUAUUCGUGUCCCUCUUUCUCCUGAUUCACCUCAGAAAAAGGAUGAGAUUGAGCUCAUAGUUUUGUCUGACUCAAGCGAGGAGAUGGAGGUAGUUCUUAGUUCCCGUAGUCCUUCGCCACAUUCUCCUUGCACCGUCCAGAACCAGCAGAACUACACCCAGAUCAAACCUCAGCCAAUCCUGAAACCUAGUGAACCCACGCUGGAGAAUAAAGAGUCGCGUAGUUUAGAGUUUAGUCCUGAUGAUCCCGUUUAUCCAGGUUCCAGGUGUGACCAGAGUCCAUUAGACUGCUCUCCAGAAGUGUCCUGGCUGAUCCCAUCCACACCGCUCCAGCCCAGAAGAAGCACCAUGACCAGCUCCACUCAGACCAAAAGCAGCAUGUGCAGGACACAGCUGUUCCCUAAAGGUGACACUUCCUCACCCUCUGUUUUCUCUUCUUCUGCUUUACUGUUUAACAACAGACUUCAGACCUCCAACAGUCCAACCAGAGUUUCUGCCCACGUUGACCCAACAGAGGGCAGUGUUCCCAGGUUAAAAGUGGACAAGACGGUUCCCUGUAGCUCCAGCUUUGAUCUCAAUUGUCCUAAAAGAACCAGUAGUUGUGAUGUGGGUAAGGAUAGAGAAGUGUUUGCAGUUCCCCCGUACCGACCUAAGCUUUCACACCCCUCAAGCUCGACUUCCUCAAAGCAGGACACACCCCUCCACAUCCAGCCCCAGCCAUACAGCAGCACUCCCCUGCACACAGAGCUCCACCAGCCCCCUGUUCUUCUUGCCACCUCCCCGCUCCACAGCAGCCUUGAUAAGCAGAGGUCGACCAGUCGAGGAAGGAAUAGGACGCCAUCUGAAAGCCCAGAGAAGGCAGAGUUAGGGAGCUUUCAUCUGUCCUUUCUGUCCAACCCUUCAGACCCACCCUCUUCUUCUUCUCACAGAGGUCUUCAGAGCUCACAGACACACGACAGCGACUCCUCUCUUCAAAGUCGACGUUCUGUUGAGUCCAGCAGUCACAGCAUCACAGGGCCUGAACUGACGAGGAAGGGAAUAAGAAAUGAGAAAGUAGAAGGAGAGAUGAAGUGUGGAAAUAAAGACACAGGUGAUGAAGGAGAGCAGGACGAAGCAAAAGCAGAAACUGGAGAGGCAGAAGUUGCAGAAUGCAGUUUCCAGCAGAGCUUCAUGGCCAUGGACGAGCCCCCCAUAGCUUUCAAUGACUCGUGGGGCCUCGACGCCUGUGUAGAUGCCAACCCGGGCUGCUUCAGUCUGAGGCUGGAGGCCAGCAGAGGAUCCAGCCAGCAAGAGCACAGCCCAGGACAACGAGAAACAGCCAGGUCGUCCUCCUCUACCGACUGUCCACUUCCAUCAUCUAGUCCCUGUAUCCAGUCAUCGAAGAGUCGCGGCGGUGUGACUGCCUCCUCUCCAUCCAAAGCCCUCCAUACACAACCAUCCACCAGCGUACAGGCUCAUACAGGCCCUUCCUUCACCCCCUCACCACCUGACCCCACCAUCCAGACCACACCAGAGAUCAACAACAGCCUCCUGGACUCCAGAAUAUGGGACAGCUGGCAGGAGGAAGAGGAGGAGGAUGCUCUUCCUCUCUCUCAGAGGGUGAACCCUUCUGCCCAGCUCAAAACACCAGCAUCAUCACACAAUAAAAGGCGUCGCACCUUGGUGCCCAUCACUCCCCUGCCCCACUACUCUGACAUGGACACGCCGGAGCUCAAGAACAAACUCAACAGGUUUGGUGUUCGGCCUUUACCGAAGCGCCAGAUGAUCCUCAAACUGAAGGAGAUCCACCAGUACACCCACCAGCUGGUCAGCUCUGACUCCGAAGAUGAGGCACCCUCUGCGGGCCGCGCAGCUCAGACGAAGCCCCCACCCACCAAUUCAGUGGCCGCGCCGGCCUCCUGUGCACAGACGCUGAAGUUUAAAGAGCCCAGAGCGCCCGCUGCAGUCUCCCCUCAGAAACACAACAGAGACGAGGAGGCAGAGCUGCUGUCUGCCUCACAGGGCUCCAACACCUCCUCAACUGCUGCCAGUGAAGAAUCUGAAAGGUCCAACCCAGAGCUGUGCAUCUCCUCCGGUGGCGACUCAGACAGCGAUGGCGGGAUCUCUGCCUCCCAGGCGGCGACGCGCCUCCAGGAUCGCCUCCAGGCGGUGCGCUCCUUCAUCCUGUCCGACUCCGGGCUGUACAGUCAGAUCCUCCAGUACCAACCUCUGGUCCUAUCGCAGCUCCAGGAGCGACUCAAGGCGGCCGGGAUCCGCUUGGGUGUCGCCAAGCUGGUGGACUACCUGGACUCCCAGUGCAUCACCUUCACCACAGCCAAGCCGGGCCACGUGGCACCCAGCCGCAGGCGGGGCAAGAGGACAGGCAAGGGGGCAAAGGCAGCGGGUGAAAGUGGAGUGGGCAGGAAAAGAGGUGUUACAGCCAUACCUUAACACAUUGACUGCAAGAAGAGUUUAUUUAUAAACUGUGAAAGGUGGCAGGUUUUACUUCAGUGCUUCGAACAUUUGUCUGAGAAUUAAAUUAUGUUUUAAAAAAGAAAAUGUUGGUUGCUUCUGGACAGCUGGCACUAGGCUGAUUCCUAAAUAGUAGACUUCAGAUUUUACCACUUUGUUUAAAUCUGUUAACAUAGGUUUCUUCAGGACAGGUUUUGUAUUUUAUGUAUUUUAUUUCAAAUGUCCCAUUAAAUAUGAACUCAUACUGUGAAAAUAAAAAAUGGUAAAUGUU